CACAAGAUGCAAUUUCCUGCCUUUUCACAUGGAAAUCAUAUUCAAAUGGAUCAGAUAGUGAACGCUUCCCGCUGUCAAUGGAAACAGCCGUUAACGGCGUGUGUGUGUGUGUAGCUGUCAGCGGUCAGGAGACUCAAGGGCUGCAGAUGGACGAGAUCUUUAUCACAGACGUGGCGUAUUGUGAACAAGCAGCCAUCUUACUGAAACAAGCCAAACUACCACAGAACAACAGCAGCCAGUGCAGGAGAGACGACGGAGCGCUGCCGCGGGUCAUCUGUCCGCAGUGCCGGCUGGGAGUGACGCGGGUGCUGGAUCUUUCCCAGCAGGACAUGAAGAAGGUUCGUCAGCUGGCUCUGAUUGACAUGACGGCGCUCUGCGACCUGCUGGGGCUCGAGGUCAAACGACACAAAACCUGCAAACGGAAAAUCCCUGAGAGCUGUUUGUUCGGCGUUCCUCUCGCCUCAUUGGUGGAGAGCGAUCAGAAGAUCAAACCCAACACUCAGAUCCCACUCUUCCUCCAAACACUUCUGUCCUUUCUGGAGAAGAAGGGUCUCGAUUCUGAAGGGAUUCUGCGGGUUCCAGGGUCUCAGGCCAGAAUCAAAGUGCUGCAGCAGAUGCUGGAGAACUCGUUUUACAGCGGUUCGUUCAGCUGGGACGAGGUCAGUCCGAAUGACGCCGCCGCUCUGCUCAAGAAGUUCAUCCGUGAACUCCCAGCGCCGCUGCUGACCGCCGAACACCUCAACACCUUCAGCGCCGUCAGAGAUAUUGCAGACCUGAAGCAGAAGCUGCACAUGUUGAAUCUUCUUGUGCUGCUGCUGCCAGAACCCAACAGAAACACACUGAAGGCGCUGCUGGAGUUCCUCAGUAAGGUGGUGUUAUGUGAGCGGCGUAACCGCAUGAACCUGUGGGCCGUCUCCACUAUCAUGGCUCCAAACCUCUUCUUGCACAAAGCUGUUCCCAGUAAACUAGCAGUGGACGGUCCAGAGAAGGGCCAGGCCGAGCGCGCGACCGACAUCAUGAGACUCCUCGUCCGCUACCAGGACCUGCUGUGGACGGUUCCUAACUUCCUGUUGAGUCAGGUGAGGAAGCUGAACGAGAACAGCAGCCGUCGCUAUCAGUUCUACGACAGACGCAUCAAGCACCUGCUCAGGAAGAUCCACACGGACAGCAGAGACAAACCAGACAAGAACUCCAGCGAGGUGAGAGAGAAGAUCCUGACGAUCCAGAGCUUAAACU